AAAUACUGGAGCACAAGAGCCCCGCUAGAUCAGACUUAGGGCUGUCUAGUCUAGCCACUCUGAGGCCCUGGGAAGCCUGCGGGAGGAAAAACGCAUGAAAACAAUUCCCUUGCUGGUGCAUUUUUGUUCUAGGCUGCUCCAGAUGAUAUAGCAGGCUGUAUUUUUUAAAAAAUAAAAUAAGUGCAAAUGUUUGCUGUGGCAUCGCACAAAUUAAAAUGGUAGUGAAAAUGAUGCCAUGACUCAUUCCCCAGCCUCUUUCGCCCUGAUUGGCAGUGGUUAACCAGAACGCUUCUAACCAUCCAAAUUGCUGCUGCUUUCCCUCGAUUUACUGCUCCUAAAGGAAUUCUGCACUGGAGUAAAUAGUAUUGUUAUACGCUGCUGGUGUCGAUGAAUGUCAAAUGCAAAAGAGAAGAAAAGAGCCAAGAAGAUGAAAAACCAGCCUACCAAUGUGACCUUUACCUUUGAUGGUGGGCCAAGCCACAGUGAAAUACACUUUCAAAAUGGUGGUGAUGGAGCCUCUGAAUGCAAGAAACAAGAUCUGCGUUCUGAAACCUCACAACAGGGCUUUUCACAACAAAAAGCUUCCUGUGAAAUGCCCAAAUAUGUCACAGUGUCUCCUUUUGUUCAGGCUCGUGCUGCAGAAAUAAAAGCUAUGCUGAAAGCUGUUACGCAGAAGUCUUCCAACACCUUAGUGUUUCAGUCUCUACCGAGACACAUGAGGAGGCGAGCUAUGAGCCACAAUAUCAAACGCCUGCCCAGGCGACUUCGUGAGCUUGCCAGAAUAGAGACAGAGAAAUUUGAACAUCAGAAGAAAGAACUGUCCAAGAGCAAGUGCCGUAAGGCCAGGCGGCGCCAUACGAACUUGGUGGUGGAGUUCAACCGCAGGCAAAAGAAGAACGUGUGGCUGGAAACGCACAUCUGGCACGCAAAGCGGUUUCACAUGGUGAAGAAGUGGGGGUAUUGCCUAGGAGACAGGCCCACAACCAAGAGCUAUAGGGCCUGCUACCGGGCCAUGACUAGCCACUGCCUCCUUCAGGAUUUAUCUUAUUAUUGUUGCUUGGAGGUGACUGGAAAAGAGGAAGAGCUGCUUACAGCACUUGCUCGAAUGUGUAGCAUAGAUGCAGGGCCAACAUUUGCAGCUAUUCCUUGUCUAUCUGGGAAGCGCCAGGGUGCUCUCACCAUGUACCAGGCAGACCAAUACCCUGCAGGUGCACUUGGACCGGUUACUUUCCUUUGGAAACCCAGAGAUGGGAUUGAUAGUACUUCCGAAAACAGACAACUGUGGAUAUGGACCCACCCUGUCUUUAAGCAGGAGAUCUUGGCUGAGUUAAAAGCAGCCUUCCGGUGUUCUGAGCCCAUGGAAGUCUGUAACCCUGAACCAGCUGCAAUAUCGCCUCAUGAAGAAAGCCAGUCGGUUGUUGCUGAGGAAGUUGGCCGGAAAAGGAAGAAGAAAGACAAUGGAGGCGAAAUGGCUGUCCCAGUGAAAAAAAUUAUUGGCGAUGGGACCAGAGAUCUCCACCAGUCCUAUCGCUGGACAUCACAAACUACUGGAGUUAUGAUAAGUGACCUAACAAUGGAGAUUCUCAGAUAUCGGUUAAUUGGUCCCCUCUCAAACUGCGUUCUUACAGAGGCACUCAAAGCUGCUUGCGUCCAUACUGAGGUGGAGCCUACAGAUUCUGAAAUCAACAGCUGGUGGAUAGAUAAUUGCAGAGAUCCUGAUCUGGUGUCUCUUCAUCGCCGUCAAGAAGCCAUCUUUGAAUUGUUGCAAGGGUUAAGUUCAUCAGACGUUCCAUCAGGUACUGUACUGGGUUUGACUGUGGGGGAUCCUCGAGUGAAUUUGCCUAAAAAGAGAGCGAAAGCCAAGCCAAAUCCUGAAAGAUAUCAAGAGGAUGAAAAAGUCAAGCAGCUGAUCUUGGAAGGGGUGCCAGCAGAGUGUGCACAGAGCUUUCUUUGGGACCAGAACGUCCGCAAGAACGUCACAGAAAAUAAAAUGCCAGAACAGGACUUGAAUCAUCUGAGAAGUAAACUCUUGGUGCCUGGAUCACAUCUUGACUUAGGUCCCCAAGAAUCCAAGAUUCCUAUUCUCCUGGUUCAGCAGCCUGGAAAAAUGGCUGGAGAAGAUCGACCAGGAUGGGGAAGUGGCUGGGAUAUUUGCUUGCCCAAAGGUUGGGGCAUGGCUUUUUGGCUACCUUUUCUGUAUCGAGGUGCACGUGUUGGGGGAUUGCAGGAGGCUCUGAAACAUUCUUUGUAUAAGAGGACACCGCAUAUCCCGCACGAUUACCCAGACUCUCCUGCUGCCAUGCAGUUUGCCAAAACAUUGGAGAAAAAUCUUCUUGAAAAGUUUAAGAGGCGUCCUCCUGCGAAAAGAGCCAAUUACGUUAAGCAUGGGACCUUGGCACCAUUCCUCUGUCCUUGGGAUAAGCUGAACAGAGAUUGGGAGGCCAGAAACAGAGCUUUUGCAAAACAUGUACCCACAUCAGACCAGGAGUCUUGUGCAGCCGAGGAACAGGCUUGUUGUGGCCCCAGCUCUGGAGCACAUGUAGCUGAAUCACCUGUGGCUGUCAGUUCAGAACAGCAAAUGGAGAUGAGCUCCCCAGACAUGCAGGUGGAAGAAGAGAGAAAAAUGAUGGGUCUGUGCAAGAGAGAUGAAGCUGCAUCAGGUUGGACCUUCUGUGUUCUCAGGAGCAGAAAAUUAUUAAGGCAGGUAUCGGUCUGGUGCCAGCCAACACCUGGGAGAAAUCGGAGGCUACAGCGCCUUGUCGCCAGGUCAGAUCAGAAGGAUCUGACUGAAGAUGCCCUCCUGCCUAUCCUUCAACGUUAUCCCAGGUCACUGGUGUGGGUCAGCUUGUCCCUUCUCAAAAAAGGUAGCCCCGAGUUACACGCAAUGAUUUGCAUUCCAACAAAAGGAGAUUUAUUGCAGCUCAGCAAAGACCAAGACUACUGUGGCCCUCAGGAACCUAAGCACAGCGACAGAUUUAAGAGCAAGUUGUUGAAACGAAAGGGAAGGAAGAAGAGGCAAGACGUCGGGAAGGCCACAGAAAGCAGUGCCUUGAAUACAACGAAGGCCGCACUGACGGAACAUGAAGAUCUGGUUCUGGGCUUAUGGCCGAACCCUUUGCCAGAUCUUGCAGCACACUGUUCCAGAGCGCUCUUGGGAUUUGUCACUCAAGGGGACUUCUCCUUGGCCUCUGGCUGUGGUGAAGCUUUAGGGUUUGUUAGUCUGACAGGGUUGCUGCGAAUGUUGGUGGGUCAGCCAGUGGACAAGAAAGGGCUUGUGGUGUUAAGAAACCCAGCAUCCCUACAAUACAGAUUUGCUAGGCUUAUGGUUGAAGUCUAACUUUGGUUGGAACUCACUGGCAUUCAAAAGUACCAAAGACGCUUUUCUCUUGAACAUGUACAGGCAUCUUAAUUUUGAGUCGGAGCUUCCAAAAAUAUACCUUACCUUUUGUGCAUAUGUGACAUGAAAUAGACUUUAAAACUAUUCUGUAUUGUGUUCAAUAUCAAAUAUCUCUUCCAUUCCUUAGAGGCACACACACUGAACAUCUGUACUUAACAACAAAUGCUAAUGGCUUUUUUAUGUUUAAACCAGGCAUGGGGAACCUUUGGCUCUCUGAAUGUUGCUUCUCUAUAACUCCCAUAAUUGGUCAUGCUUGAUGGGGUUGAUGGGAGUUGUAGUUCAGCAAUACUGGGGGGGGCAAUUCCCCACAUUGUUGUAUACUAUCCCCCCCCCCCUUUACAUACAGAUUUGCCUCAACUAAGGAAUUCUGCCCCCAUUGUAACAUAGUGGUUUGGGCUGCACAUUUCAGGCUUACAGUGGUUUUGGGGGUCCAUACAUUUAGCAAGUAAGAUUUUAGGGUAUUUAAGAUGGUACUUUUUCUGGAACCACGGUAUUCCCUCAUGUUCAGUUAAUACUGGAAGAAUUCCCCCCAAUCUGCCCCCCUACCCCCGGAUGUUGAAUUGAAAUAAUGUUAAUAAAGCCAUGGAAAUUACAUGAAGGGUUGGCUCCCUCACCUUAGCUUCAGCUUUUCUGAACAAAUUAUACUGCGCAAGUGUUCCACUUUGGACAAAAGUCCUUCACUAUUCCUGAGAGAAGAUGGCUUGACUCGCCCUGUAAGCCACACUGCCUUUUAUGAUCAAGUAGAAGAAUCAUGUUACCUUCAUCUUAAAUAUGAAUUUACUGCGAGAGGUGAUAUUCUGUAAU